CAACUUCAAGACCAAAACGACCCCGAUGGCUCCUUCAACGACAGUUCCGAGCGCUGCUGACAUCGAGGUCCCGGAGACGCUCCUCAAGAAGCGUAAGCAGAACGAGAGGGCUCGGGAGGAACGCCUUGCUGCAGCGGCUGCAGCCCGUAAGGCUCAAAAAGCAAGGCGCAAAGUGAUCUUCAAGCGCGCUGAGGCGUACGUGAAAGAAUAUACCGCAAGGGAGAGGGAAGAAAUCCGUUUGAGGCGUACCGCUCGUGCUGCAGGUGACUUCUACGUCCCAGCACAACCGAAGGUCUACUUCGUUGUUCGUAUUCGGGGUAUCAACGAAAUUGCUCCCAAGCCUCGCAAAAUCUUGCAGCUCCUCCGUUUGCUGCAGAUUAACAAUGGUGUAUUUGUGAAGGUGACGAAGGCUACUCAGCAGAUGCUUCGCCUCGUUGAGCCUUACGUUACAUAUGGCGAACCGAACUUAAAGUCCAUCCGCGAACUCAUCUACAAGCGAGGAUACGGAAAAGUGAACAAACAACGCGUACCGCUCCACUCAAACGCAGUGAUCGAAGGUACACUCGGCAAACACGACAUUCUCUGCGUCGAGGACCUCGUACACGAAAUCGCAACCGCCGGCCCACACUUCAAGCAAGCAGCUAACUUCCUCUGGCCAUUCAAGCUCUCAAACCCUACCGGCGGCUGGCGCGAACGCAAGUUCCGCCAUUUCGUUGAGGGUGGUGAUCAUGGCAACCGCGAAUCGAACAUCAACAAGCUCAUUCGCCAGAUGAACUGAGGGGGAUGGUAUGAGUCUAUGAUGUCGUUCGACUUGGUUGUCAUUGUUGAGGUUGGGUGGAAGGUAGCGUUGGUGUCGGCCGUGUGUGUAUGCCUGCAAGCAAUUUUAUGGCUUUCCCUGUCUUUUUCGAGUGUAUGCGCAUCUAUCGUGUCAUGCAAUCAAUAUCAAAACUUUUUCUCGGGAGGCCAUUAGCCUCUUCUCUAU